AUGGUGGCCAAGAUUAUCACCAUUGUCAUUUUCUAUAUUUUCUUCUCUAUAAAAUUGCGCCCUUCAAUAGCGCAAACUAAUUGGAUCAGGGUUGGUUAUUACCGUCCAUCAAAUGAGUUCCCGAUCCCGUACAUAAAUUUUACUCUCUUCACUCACAUAAUUUGUGCUUAUGCUGCUGUGAAUUCCACCUCCUACCAACUCUCUUUAUCGCCAGAUGAUAAAACAGAAUUGGUCCAUGUUAUUUCUAGUAAUUACACUCAACCUCUUUCGAGCAACCUUACAAGCGCUCAUGCAGCUUUGUAUGACCCUAGUAGUUAUCUUAAUACGGAUUAUGGUAUAAGAGAUUGGAUCAUUGGAGGAUUAUCAGCUAAUAAAUUGGUUUUGAGUUUGCCUUUCUAUGGCUCCGCGUGGACGCUUGAGAACCCUAUAAACAAUGGUAUUGGUGCGCCAGCAAAAGGACCAGCUGUUGAUGGAACUGGAUUUCUUACACACAAAGAAAUCAAGAAUUACACAAAGCGAAAUGGUCCGGAUGUUCAUGUUUUGUACAACUCAACUAAUGUGGUUAAUUACUGGACAAAGGGAACAACUUGGAUUGGGUUUGAUGAUGUUGAAGCUGUUAGGGCUAAGGUUGCUUAUGCCUAA